AAAAAAAUGAAUUUAUUAACCUUUGCUAUAGCCCUUACAUUUUUUGUAGUAUGUUGCAAGACUGAUAAAAGUACUGAAAUUUCAAAACAUGCCCAUGAAACUUGCAAAAUUCGAAGUGGAAUUUCAGAAGAUAAACUAAAUCAAGCCAGUAAGGCUAAGACGAAGGAUGAAAUUCCAGAAGGAAAAGAUAUUGAAUGUUAUAUUAAAUGUAUUUGGGUAGAAUUUGGUGUGUUAGAUCCUAAAACAGGAGAAUAUGAUGAGCAAAAUUUUAUUAAGAAUUAUCCCAAAGAAUUUGUAGAAUUAUGGCUGAACAUUUCUAGGCCGUGUCAUAUUACAAAUUUUACAAGUAAUGAUUUUUGUAAAGAAGCAUAUGACCAUUAUGUGUCAUGUUUAUUUAAGCAACCAAAUGUAAGUUUUAAUAUUUACAAACUAAUUAAAAUAAUAAUAAUUAAUUUAUUUAUUUGUAUUUUUAGUUCUACUUCAUUUAAACGAAUAAAACAAAAAAUAUACUCUUAUAAGAGUUCUAUAUUCUAUAGAAUGAAUUAG